AUGAUACAAACCGACCAGCCCGAAGACGGCAAGAUGGAUGAGGGGCUCUACUCCCGCCAGCUCUACGUCCUUGGAAAAGAGGCAAUGCUCAAGAUGCAGAACUCCAACGUGUUAAUCAUUGGAAUCAAAGGUCUUGGUGUUGAGAUUGCCAAAAACAUCGCUUUGGCUGGUGUGAAGUCGCUAGCUGUUUAUGAUCCCGCACCCGUCUCACUUGCAGACCUGUCAGCGCAGUUCUUUCUUUCCGAAGGCGAUAUCGGCGUUUCUAGAGCCGAAGCAACUGUUCCGAAACUGGCUGAGCUGAAUUCGUAUGUUCCAAUCUCGGUUGUUCAUGAAAUUUCUGAGGAAAUUAUCAAGAGAUAUCAGGUCAUCGUGGCUACUGAGACUCCACUUGCGAAACAACUAGAAAUCAACGAAAUUGCUCACACAAAUGACAUUAAAUUCAUCUCCACAGAUGUGAGGGGACUGUUCGGUCAACUUUUUGUUGAUUUUGGUGACAAUUUCACAGUUAUCGACGCCACGGGCGAGGAACCACGCCAGGGCAUCGUGUCUGAUAUCGAAAAAAACGGCACUGUCACUAUGAUGGAUGACAAUCGUCACAGACUCGAGGAUGGAGAUUAUGUGAAGUUCUCUGAAGUGCAGGGAAUUGAAAAAUUGAACGAUGGAAGCAUCUACAAGGUCAAGGUUCUGGGUCCAUUUGCUUUCCAGAUUGAUUUAGAUCCUUCAUGGGGAACCUAUAUCAAGGGCGGCUUGUAUACCGAAGUCAAGGUUCCAACUGAAGUUAAAUUUGAGAAGCUGUCGACCCAGUUGAGCAACCCAGAGUACCUUUUCUCUGACUUUGCCAAGUUUGACAGACCUCCACAACUGCACGUGGGAUUCAGAGCUUUGGACCAGUUCAGAAGUACUCAUUCUGACGCUCUUCCUGCGCCUUAUAACGAGCAAGAUGCUUUAGAGUUGGUGGAGUUAGCCACUGAGAUUGCUGCAGCUAACCCUUCUAUUCUGGGUGAAGAUACCCAGGUGGACAUUGAAUUAAUCAAAGAGCUUGCCUACCAGGCAAGAGGUGAACUUCCCGGAAUGACUGCGCUUUUUGGUGGAUUUGUAGCCCAGGAAGUCUUGAAAGCGUGUUCCGGUAAGUUCGGCCCCGUCAAGCAAUGGAUGUACUUUGAUUCUUUGGAGUCUCUGCCUCCUGUCGAGACUUUUCCAAGAAGUGAAGAUGCCUGCAAACCGAUUGGUUCUCGUUACGACAACCAGAUUGCCGUUUUCGGUUUGGAAUAUCAGAAGAAAAUUGCCAAUUUGAACGUUUUCCUGGUCGGCUCGGGUGCUAUUGGGUGUGAAAUGCUCAAGAACUGGGCCAUGAUGGGCCUUGGUUCCGGACCAGAGGGAAGCAUCAUCCUAACUGACAAUGAUUCCAUCGAGAAGUCUAACCUGAACAGACAAUUUCUGUUCAGACCAAGAGAUGUGGGCAAGAACAAGUCUGAGUGUGCGGCCUUAGCCGUUGCCACGAUGAACCCGGACUUAACAGGAAAGGUUGAUGCUAGAAGCGACAAGGUUGGUGCUGAUACCGAGCACAUAUUUGAUAACGAGUUCUGGAAUAAGCUUGAUUUCGUCACGAAUGCUCUGGACAAUGUUGAGGCGCGUACCUAUGUUGAUCGCCGCUGUGUUUUCUUCUGCAAGCCUCUUCUGGAAUCUGGAACAUUGGGUACCAAGGGAAAUACCCAGGUUAUCAUUCCAAGACUUACUGAGUCGUAUUCAUCAUCCCAAGAUCCUCCAGAACAGUCCAUUCCUCUCUGUACAUUGAGAUCUUUCCCCAACAAAAUUGACCACACAAUUGCGUGGGCCAAAUCGUUGUUCCAGGGCUACUUUGCGGAUGCCCCAGAGAAUGUGAAUCUGUACCUGUCGCAGCCUAAUUUUGUCGAAAGUACACUGAAGCAAAGCGGAGAUGUCAAGGGUAUCUUGGAGACAAUCUCCGAGUAUCUUCAGGGAAGACCAUACACAUUCGAGGAUUGUAUCAAAUGGGCAAGAUUGCAGUUCGAGCAAAAGUUCAACUACGAUAUCCAACAGCUUCUGUACAACUUCCCAAAGGAUGCCACCACCAACACGGGUGCACCAUUCUGGUCUGGCCCCAAACGUGCUCCAGAUGCUCUAGUUUUCGACAUUAACAAUGAAAACCAUUUCCAUUUCAUUGCUGGUGCAGCCAACUUACUGGCCUACAUCUAUGGCUUAAAGGGCGAUCAAGGCGAACCAGACAAGGAUGUGUACCAGAAGGUCUUGGAUACCAUUGAGGUUCCUCCAUUUGUUCCAAAGUCGAAUUUGAAGAUCCAGGUCAACGACUCUGACCCUGAUCCAAACGCCGAUGCUGGCCAGCUUGACAAUGACAUUAUCGAGAACUUGGCCUCAUCACUGCCACCACCAGCGUCAUUGGCUGGUUACAGGUUGAACCCUGCUGAGUUCGAGAAGGACGAUGACACCAACCAUCACAUCGAGUUCAUUUCUGCCGCUUCCAACUGUAGAGCUCUCAACUACGGCAUCGAGGUUGCGGAUCGCCAGAAGACCAAGUUCAUUGCCGGUAAGAUCAUUCCUGCCAUCGCAACAACAACUGCUCUCGUGACCGGCCUGGUCUGUCUUGAACUCUACAAAGUUGUUGGUGGAAGGGACAAGGUUGAAUACUACAAGAAUGGUUUUGUGAACCUGGCGCUGCCAUUCAUGGGAUUUUCGGAGCCUAUAGAGUCUCCCCACGGAGAGUACAACGGUAAGAAGUUCGACAUGAUCUGGGACAGAUUCGAUGUCAAGGGCGAUAUCACUCUCCAAGGAUUGUUGGAUAAGUUCAAGGAAGAAGAGGGACUUGAAAUCUCCAUGCUUUCGUACGGUGUUUCCCUGCUGUACGCCUCUUUCCACCCUCCCAAGAAGCUCAAGGAGAGACUUCCUCUUAAGAUCACGGAAUUAGUGGAAACCGUUUCUAAGAAACCAAUGCCUGCUCACGAGAAGACGUUGAUCUUGGAGAUUUGCGCUGAAGACCAAAACGAAGAGGAUGUCGAGGUUCCAUACAUUUGUGUUACGUUGUGA